AUGGUUCUUCGUCAGGAGGAUGAAAAUGUGCCGAAAGCGCCGUUCGGUGGGAAUUCCAUGCGGACGAUGAUACACUACGACGCAGGCGUUAUACCAGAGUUUGAUAAAAGACCUGCUUUCAUCCACGUGCUACUGCUGAACAAAACAAUACGCCUGUUUGUGGUCCUCGCCGUGGCCAGCGUUAUCGUGCCCGUGUUUGCGUAUCUGUUUUUCUUCUCCAAGGAAAUCGGUCAUGGCAGCCAGCGGGACAUCAUUGGUACCUGUGGCCAUCCGUCGUUGUAUCACGUUCCGUGCGGCUCGACUAACCUUAGCCUGUCCGAGUGUCACCAGUUGGGCUGUUGCUAUACUACACUCGCCACCUGUUACCAUUCGUUGCCCUCCGAACACCAGCUCAUCAUCGGUAGCGAUUGGGUCGUGGGUGCUCCCGCCAUUUUGACUCCCCUUAGAAGCGCAACGCCGUAUGGGCCCGCUCUUGGUGAGGUACGCUUUGACGUGUUCGUGCCCGACGAUGGAUCAGGACGGCUCCGGUUUUUGCUAUCGAAAACGAAUGCUACUGUCGCACGGGACACCUCCGUGAAGGUACUGGAAACCGCGGAUGUACAGGUGCAGAUCUACAAUCCCACGUUCUUCCUCGAAGUGAAACGUAAAGUGGAUCAAGAGGUGAUCUUCUCAACGGCCCGCGGUCCACUGAUCGUGACCGAGAACUUCAUCGAGUGGACACUGCAUCUCGGGGCGGACAUUCUGUUUGGGCUCGGUCGAGCAUACCUGGAACCGGGCAACAAAUACCUGCUGCUAAACAGCCAGAAUUCCUCCGCCAUUCCGAUCGUGAUGGGCUACAACGCGAAGCUUAAGCUGUUCAAUGGCGUCAUCUUCAACACGCCCGGUUUGACCGAGGUGGAAAUCCUGGGCUCGCGACUUAUUAUCGUACGUGCGCAGCUGGCUGAAAGCUUCGAUCUGCAGUUCUUGGCUGGCCCCACUCCGGCCGCUCUCCUGCAACAAUCGAAAGCGAUCCUUCGGAACCAGUAUAGCCCGCCCUACUGGUCGUACGGAGUGCACGUCUGUAAUCAGUCACCGAAGCGCAACCUCACGGUGGUCCGCCACGAUCUCGAGCAGCUGCUCAACCAAACGAUCAUGUUCGAUUCACACUGUCUCCACAACGAUCAGUUCUGGAUCUCCGACAACAUGGCGCUCGACAAGGACGUCGAGUAUCUCAUACAGACGCUGAGGAACGCGGAGAAAAAGUUCGUCCCAUCGCUAGUCCUUGCCGUACGCUACGGGGGUAAUCCGAGUUUUAUUGACGCCCGCGAACACGGCAUCCUGCUUCGGGCGCGAUCGACGCUACUACCCUACCAGGGCCGGCUGCGGAACCGUACCGUGGUGUACAUCGAUUGGCGUACUUCGCAAGCGGCCAACCUUUCGGCGUGGUUCGAGUCGCAGUGGCACAAGAUCGCCAACCUGGCCGCCGAUGGAUACACACUCGAGGAGGUGAACCCACGCGAUGACCGAAACAAUACCUUGCCCGGACCUGGUCAACUGGUUUAUCAGCCGGAGCAGCUAAACGCCAGCCUGCUGGAGCUUGUUCCGUGGAGUACCGUGCUGUCGGAUAGUGUGCAAUUGGUCCUCUCGCAACACAACCGGAUCGGAGUUGGCGCGCUGGAGACCGUACAAAGGCUGGCCGCAUCGAAUGCACUGCUCAUAGCGGAAGGACACGAUGUGCACAGUAGGGCGGCGCUAUUGCCCUCCAACGUAUCCACCAGUUGGAUAGCACUGCGCAGUGAAGUCGAUCGUAUCAUCGGCCUCUCGGUGGUGGGCAUCAGCUUCACGGGAACACCGGUUUGUGGUAACGGUCCGCUGGAACGGCCAAACGUUGCGGAAGAGCUGUGCAUCCGGUGGUACCAGUUCGGGUCACUGCUGCCCCUGUUCCGUGUGUCUGCCGAUCGAACACCGGACCGGUUCAGUCGCUACGCUCAACGUCUGAUGCAUGCGGCCCUCCGGAGACGGUUUGCGCUUCUUGAGAUGUUCCACACCCUGAUCCUGGAGGACACGGCAUACCUUCGGCCCAUGUUCUACCACUACGAAGAGUCCGCUAACUUCACGCUUGAACUGUGGGAACAGUUUAUGAUUGGCGAGGCACUGCUGGUGGCCCCCGUACUGCUCCCGCAGAUGACACAGAUUGCGAUUUACUUUCCCGACACGUUCUACGAGCUCUGGAGUGGCCAAGAAAUGCCAGCCAACGAUGUCCUUCAAUACUCGGUGGUCGAUUCCGAUCUGCCGAUGUUCUUGCGGCCUGGCUUUAUCCUUCCCGUUCGUGACGUCGUAGAAGAGCACACCAGUUUGGAUGGCGGCCGAGUCUCCGUGCCUGUCUCCGUGGAACGUUCACGCCUCAAACCGAUCACCCUGAUCGGAGCCUUCGCGUGUAAUGUCCGACGCUGGAAGUGUUCCACGGUGGGACACGUACUCUUUCUACCCGGCUUCCAGCUUGAUUUCGGCGUAGAUCUCGACGAGCAGAUUGUGGUCAGUGUUCGAGCACACGUGACCGCACCGGAAACUGCUCGCCAGGAAGCGUGCUCCAGUUCGGCAACCCUCAAUGCCACCAUCACCAGCCUUCGCCUGUACGGCCACCCGAACUACAGCCAGCCCCUGGAGUACGCCGUCGAGUACGACUUUUGUCAGGAGAGUACCAAGCGGGUGGAGCUCCCGAAUGCACACCGCAAAGGACCGGCAGAUUUUUAUGGAAAUUUUUCUUGAAAAACGCACAGCUGGCAUAAUACGGCGAGGACAUCGCACUGCGGCCGGCAACACACGGUGUACCGCAGGCUGUGUGGUGAUUUUUAUGGUAAUUGGACAUCUUAAUAUGCAUCCCCAUCGACGGGGAUAGAGAGAGCCGUCCUUUUGUCGGCUGUCUUGCGUAAUCGA